AUGUCUUCCUACAGACAGAUGAUCAGCUCCCGCUGCCUUGCGCCCUGCGAAGUCACCUGCCCACAACCAAUUGCAAAUGCCUGGAGUGAGCCCUGUGUUACAUCCUGUGGUGAUUCGAGAGCCGUGAUCUACCCUCCACCUGUGGUCAUGACAUUCCCUGGCCCCAUUCUCAGCUCCUGCCCUCAGGAGAGCAUCGUGGGCAGCUCAGCACCAUCCACCAUUGGGAGCUUGGUUGGAUCCAUGAGCUCUCUGGGUCCCAGUGGCUCCUAUGGCUCUAGGAGCUUGUACAAUUAUGGGAGGUCAUAUUCUUCCUAUGGAUCCAGUGCUUAUGGUUUUGGGAGCUGCAGACCAUGUUAA